GGCGAAACUCCUUUGCUCGAUUGAGAACAAAGAAGCCUGCCUGAUGUGCUCUGGUUAAUUGUGUGGCGUGUAAGACAGGUGUAAUUGGUAUACAAGUGCGUAGCUGUGUAUGAGUUUCAUGAGUGUUUUCGUUUUCUUUCCUGUAUUGUAAUUUUAUAGACUCGAUGCGUAUACGUGGCUGUAAUAAUUGUAUGUGUAUUUAUCAAAUCUAUAUUUUCAAGCUUCGAAUAUCGAAACGUUUAGUCACGGGAUGUGACUUACCGUUCCUCUUUGCACAUCUUCCUCUUUGUUUCUCUGUGCAUGUCGUCUAUGUGAUCAUGUCUGAAUCUCUAACUCCUCCAACACCGGAAUCGAGCUUUAAUGGCCACGGCGUUAUCAAAGCAAUUGAAGGAAGCUCUGUUCACCGUCUUACUUCUGGACAAGUGGUAAUAGAUCUCCAGACGGCCGUGAAGGAGCUGGUCGAGAACAGUCUGGAUGCCGGAGCGACCAGCAUCGACGUUCGAUUCAAAAACUGUGGUCUCAAGAGCAUUGAAGUCGUCGACAAUGGAAGUGGAAUAUCUGAGAAAGAUUUUGACAGUAUUGGCCGAAAGCACCACACUUCUAAGCUGGCAGUGUUCCAUGACCUUAUGGCUGUCACAUCUUUCGGAUUUCGUGGAGAAGCCUUGUCAUCUCUAUGUGCUCUAUGCGAAGGCGUAACGGUAACUACUGCGACGACAGACAAGGCACCAAUGGGUUCUGUACUCGAGCUUGAUAAGCGAGGGGAAAUCAAGUCGAGAGCGAAAGGCGUAAAACAGCGUGGAACCACAGUCUUGCUGACAUCUCUCUUUUCACCUCUUCCUGUUCGGCGUAAGGAGCUUGAACGAAACAUUAAGCGUGAAUUUGGCAAAGCUCUGGCUCUCCUCAAUGCCUAUGCGUUAGGACCUUGCUGUGGACUGGGUGCCGACAAGGCCGUUCGAUUUUCUGUCACGAACCAACCAGACAAAGGUGCUAAAACAACCCACAUAUCGCUACCCCUCCCCUCUCCUGCUGGAGUCACUCUUUCACUUCGUACAGUACGCGCGGGCACAAUAGCAUUAUGGGGUCCCAAGGCUUUAGGUGGAGUGAUUGACUUAGAUUUGGAGUUCGAAGUUCCGAGGAUCACAGGAAGAAAACUUAAGGGCAAAUCAAGAGUCGAGGAAGAUGUCGACUUAAGAGAGGAUACCUUCAAGAUUCACGUCAAGGGUCUCAUAUCUUCUCCUACACCUAUACCUAGUUCAGGAUUAACACCUCGAUCGGGCGGCAGUGCUAGAAGUACGACUGAUCGGCAGUUCUUCUAUGUGAACGGCCGUCCUUGUACGCUAAGCAAAAUCCAAAAAGCUAUCAAUGACAUCUACCGCACAUUCAUUCCUUCUAAUGCCACUUCGGGCCAAUUUCCUUUCGUUGUGGCCGACUUUACCAUACCGGGAGAUGCAGUGGACGUGAAUGUAACGCCGGAUAAGAGAACAAUACUUGUUCACGCGGAGGCAGAGUUAUGCGACCGCAUGAAGGAUGCGCUCGAUAAUCUAUUCUCUCCUUCUCGAUCAACCUACGGUGUCAGCGGUACACAAUCGUUGAACAUUUCCUCUACGACGCACAAUCAAGGCAUGUUACCCUUUACAAAAAGUGCCAAUGUGCAAGGUUCAGUAGACACUCAAGCUUCACAAGCACAUGAUACAGGAGGAGCCAAAGAUGAUGGGACGGUUGAGCCGGGCGCCACGACCUCAUUGUUGUCUUACGGAGACGUCGACUGUAGGCUAGCGGACACUCGUCCAGAAGAGUAUACGUUCCAUGGCACCAGCGCCGAUGUAGCCGAAGAAUCACUGGGCAUCGAUGAUCCUCAAAUUUCUCUCAUCCCCAGUGUAUCACACGAACCCAAAACGAUUGAGGUUAACCCCCCUGAGCAGCCAUCCCCACACUCAAAGGAAACUCCUCCUGUUCCACCCCGCACCGUAGUCAUAAACACCACUGGGGCUUCCUGGAAUCGACCUAAGAAUUCGUUCGGCGAGCCUGUAAACCUGAGCAUGCAAUCUCCCAGGAUCCCAGGUCUCGCGGGUACCCCAACCAAAUCUGUCUAUCCCAUUCUUGCGCAACAUACAAAAAGCCAAAUGGAACCUCCUCUAAAGAAGCGAAAAUCAGAAGUGGCUAAUGAAGACGAUACAGAUGAAGAAAUCAGUGGCGAGGAUAACCGGAAAAGACAAGGACAGAAGAAGAAACCCUCUUCGAGUGGGCAUAGUGUCAACGCCAAGGUUGCGCGACUGGUAUCGACGUCACCGCAGGCCAAAUUCCCCGACAACUCUGCCCGAAAGACCAAUCGGCAAGAAAUGCGAUCUCAAAUCGCUGGAUUUGCGAGGAGUGGCAGUCGGGUAGUGUACGAGUCGUCAGAUACGGGAGAAGACGAACAGGAGAAAGAGGCAGAGGUAGAAAAAAUAGAGGACUGUAGCAAUCAGAAUCCGGAGGAAGAAGAGGACAAUACGGAGGAAAUGCAAAUAGAUAAGACUACCCAAGCCCUUUUUCUACCUGAUGAUGACGAAGACGAAAACGAAAACGAAAAUUCCAUAAUCGUAGAUACAAGCGAUGACUUGUUCAUUGCUUCUGCGAGAAGUAUUCGUAAAACUUCUUCAUCCUCCACUCUUUCGGUGUCCACUCGUAUCACCACUCCUCCCGCUUCUAGUUUAAUCCUGGACGUCAAUGACAAAACAUCUGAAAUGAUUGAUCUGACAUUGGAUGAAAAUAACUAUUCCCUCCUUUCUUCUGAUGACAAUCACCUUCAAACCCAAAAUGAACCUAUUCAUCGUCCAGAGGUCAUUCGCACCGAAGCUUCACAAUCGUCCGUCGGGGACGUCAAGCUACGUUUAGAUGUCCCAAAACUCGCGGAGCGUUGGGCGACCUUACAUCCCAACUUGCAUGGAGAAAAAUCAAAACGAGAACUUGUCAACAAACUGGAAAAGACAUCCUCAUCUUCGUUGUCUGAUGACGCAGGAGUGUCUGCUACAGAUACACAGACCUCCGAAGCUGCUCUUUCCCGAGUUAUCAGCAAAGAAGACUUCAAGGAAAUGGAAGUACUGGGUCAAUUCAACCUUGGUUUCAUUAUUGUGCGAAGAUGGAAGAAAUCUGGGACAGAACAAGAAUUGGAAGAAUCACUUUUGGAUGAUUUAUUCAUCGUGGAUCAACAUGCAGCAGACGAGAAAUACAACUUUGAAACGCUUCAGCAAACGACAAACAUCGAAAGUCAGAAACUGUUGCACCCUCGACCUUUAGAGCUCACUGCUUCUGACGAACUGGUUGCGUUGGAGAAUCUCGACGUCCUUAGACUCAACGGCUUCGAAUUGGAAGUAGUUAGCGAUGCUCAGGAAGAAGAAGAAGAUAUUGAAAUGGUCGAUGACAAUCCUCAAAGCCGCGUACAUCGGAAACUCAGACUCAUUGCUCAACCUGUCAGUAAAAGUACGGUAUUCGAUAUGCGCGAUUUAGAGGAACUCAUUCAACUGUUGCAUAACCGUCCGACGGGACAAAUGGUAAGAUGCUCUAAAGCACGAGCAAUGUUCGCUAUGCGAGCGUGUCGCAAGAGUUUCAUGAUUGGUAUGCCAUUGAACAAAAGUCAAAUGAGUACGGUACGUUGAGAGUUCGCUUGCUUUCGGAAUGGACUGACUGUUGGCCACAGAUCGUUACACACAUGGGUACAAUAGAUCAACCAUGGAAUUGUCCUCACGGACGGCCAACGAUGCGUCAUUUGUUUGACAUGACAAAUCUGCAGCCCCUCACACAGAACAUUGGUGUCCAGAGGAAGUUGAAUUGGACGGGUU